AAAUUGAAGUUACGAUGCUCAUGCAAACUCAUUAUUACCAUUCUGAUACGAUAUAUCCCACCAAGAAACAGAACAAAAAAGUAAAAUAGAACCCCAGAGCUAAUAGGUAGGCAGGCAUGGGCGCAAAAGCAGAUUUCACGGUGACGGUGAGCAAGGAUGAAACUGUGGCAGCAGUGUUACCAUUGCAACAACACUGGCUACCACUCUCUAACCUUGACUUGCUUCUGCCUCCCGUCAACGUGGGAGUUUCUUUUUGUUACAAGAAACCAGAAAGCAGCAUCGUGAGCUUCACUUCCAUGGCCAGUGUUCUGAAGGAAGCCAUGGCUCAGGCUCUGGUCUACUACUACGCCUUUGCGGGUGAGGUUGUGGCUAACAAUGUGGGCGAGCCCGAGCUGCUUUGCAACAACCGUGGGGUGGAUUUCGUAGAAGCUUAUGCUGAUGUUGAGCUUCGAGACCUCGACUUGCAUAACCCUGAUGAAAGCAUUGAAGGCAAACUCGUACCUCAGAAGAAACAUGGAGUGCUCUCAGUUCAGGCAACAGAACUUAGAUGCGGCGGAAUAGUGGUGGCAUGCACAUUUGAUCAUCGAAUAGCAGAUGCCUACUCAGCCAACAUGUUUCUUGUAUCAUGGGCUGAAAUGGCUCGAUUCAAGUCAAUCUCUUUGGUGCCCUCUUUUCAAAGGUCUCUGAUGAACCCCAGGCGUCCAGGGUGCAUCGCCCCCUCCUUGGAUCACAUGUAUGUGCCCAUCUCCUCAUUACCACCCCCUAAACAGCAACGUCAAUCCACUGAUCAUCUCAUUAGUCGCAUAUAUUACAUCACUUCGGAGCAACUCAACGAAUUUCAAUCACUAGCCUGCACUAAUGGAUACAAAAGGACCAAGCUUGAGUCUUUCAGUGCCUUCCUAUGGAAACUGAUAGCAGUCCUUGCUGCCAAGGACGGUUUCAAUUGUACCAAGAUGGGGAUUGUGGUGGAUGGAAGGGUCAGAUUAGGUGAAGGAGAUGAAGAGAAAGCGAGUUCAAUGAGUUGCUAUUUCGGAAAUGUUCUUUCCAUUCCGUUUGCAGGGCAGAGAGUAAGUGAACUGAUAGAGAAACCGUUGUGGUGGGUGGCUAAUCAGGUACAUGACUUCCUGGAGCAAGCAGUGACAAGGGAACACUUCCUGGGCCUGAUUGACUGGGUUGAAGCUCAUCGUCCUGAGCCAGCACUAUCUAAGAUAUAUAGCAAGGGCGGCGAGGAGGGACCGGCUUUUGUAGUGUCAUCGGGGCAGCGUUUCCCGGUUUCGAAAGUGGAUUUCGGAUGGGGUAGACCUGUAUUCGGGUCAUACCAUUUUCCUUGGGGAGGGGAUUCCGGAUAUGUCAUGCCGAUGGCGAGUCCUGGUAGAGAAGGUGAUUGGGUGGUGUACAUGCACCUCUUAAAAAGGCAGUUGGAGCUGAUCGAGGCGGAAGCUAGCGAUGUGUUGAGGCCCCUUACUUCAGAUUACCUUGAACUUGAUUAAAUUUUUUAACCUGCUUUCAAUGUCCAAAAAUAACAAUUGGUAUCAGAAAUCUUAAGUUUGAAAGUGGCGUGUGAGUACUAAAGCUAGCUGGUUUGGAAGUUUGUGCUGUAUGAUAUUACUACUUAAAAGAGUUCUUUAACUUUGAUGUAAAUUUGUAAAAUGCAAAAUAAAGUACCUAUUUACCGGUGGUUAAUUUCAAUCAAAA